CGAUCUUUUCCGGGUCGAGAAAUUAGCACACCCAUGAAUGUGAGCUAGCGGGCCCGAAUUCUUCAUUGAAAAAGUCUCCGAAGAAAAUAUAAUCGGACAUUUAAUCACUUCCAGUACAGAACAUUCCAGUGUAUCGUUCUGUAACCAUAUGACACAGCGAUGCCGGGGCUCAGCUGUCGAUUUUACCAGCACCGGUUCCCAGAGGUGGAGGAUGUUGUGAUGGUGAACGUGAGGUCCAUCGCAGAGAUGGGCGCCUACGUGAGCCUUUUGGAGUACAACAACAUCGAGGGUAUGAUCCUCCUGAGCGAGCUGUCACGUCGACGUAUCCGCUCCAUCAACAAGCUCAUCCGCAUAGGCCGCAAUGAGUGCGUCGUCGUCAUCCGAGUAGACAAAGAGAAGGGAUACAUUGAUUUAUCAAAAAGAAGAGUUUCACCAGAGGAAGCCAUCAAGUGUGAAGAUAAAUUCACCAAAUCUAAAACUGUGUACAGCAUCCUGCGACACGUGGCAGAGGUGCUGGAGUACAGUAAGGACGAGCAGCUAGAGAGCUUGUACCAGCGCACCGCCUGGGUCUUCGAUGAGAAAUACAAGCGGCCAGGAUACGGAGCUUAUGAUGUCUUCAAACAGGCAGUAUCUGAUCCUGCCAUUCUGGAUGGGCUGGACUUAACAGAGGAAGAGAGGGCUGUGCUGAUUGAUAACAUCAACAGGCGGCUCACUCCACAGGCUGUCAAAAUCAGAGCAGACAUUGAAGUGGCGUGCUACGGGUAUGAGGGCAUUGAUGCAGUGAAGGAGGCUCUGAGGGCCGGGCUUGGCUGCUCCACAGAGGCCAUGCCCAUCAAGAUCAAUCUGAUCGCUCCCCCUCGCUACGUGAUGACAACGACCACUCUGGAGCGCACAGAGGGCCUGUCUGUCCUCAACCAGGCCAUGGCUGCUAUCAAGGAGAAGAUUGAAGAGAAGAGAGGCGUCUUUAACAUCCAGAUGGAGCCCAAGGUGGUGACAGACACAGAUGAGACGGAGCUCGCCCGACAGCUGGAGAGGCUAGAGCGGGAGAACGCCGAGGUGGACGGAGACGACGACGCCGAGGAGAUGGAGGCCAAAGCGGAGGACUAGAGUCGGUCCUCGAAGGAAGGCUGGUGGGGAAAAACAUCAAAGGAGAAAUGUGGACAGACCUAGCCACAGUCACUCAGUCCAACAGAUGUUAACUUUCACAUUGCAAACAUUAACUGGCGUUAAUAGUUCAUUGGCAAACGUCCCGGUUUGUUCAUUAGCAAGGUUUGUUUCAGAAGACGGUAACACUCAAAGCUGUCUUCUGAUCCAGACAUGGACACAAGGAAAGUUAAAUUACAAAUUAAACAUCAAUAUAGUUUCUAUUUUUAAGUACAUCAAUUUGAAUAAAUGAUAACUCUAAAACAACAAAAGCUGUUUACAAGCAGUGGCCUUCACUUACCUCUUGCUUAAGAGCUCAGUGUCUUCAGUAUCCAUGGCACUUCAUCUCUGGCUGGUCACUGGAUGUGAUUGAUUAAAGGGGAAACGCAUAAGCUUGUCUGUCUCAACACCGUCAGUGAUGACUUUAUGUGCUGUUUCUCUUCCACCUAAAGGGUUUUUAGUGGUAAGACCUGCUCUUGUUUAGCUCACGUGGCAUCAAUAAAGUUCUGGAAGUUUUGA